ACACGGCGUGUACAAUUGUACACGCGAUUUUCACGAGCUUUUUUGCGAGCUUCUAUCGUCGUCAUCAACACUUGGGCCAUUGGAGCCGCAUUCGAAUUUACCGCUCUACCGGACGGUGCUGCCAUCUCGUGAUUGCCGCGCCAAAUGCAUUACCAAAACAAGAAAACAAGAUGGACGCCUCGACGUUCUACGGCGCGUCAAGCAUCCAGACUCAUGCGAGAACAAGACGCAAGACUCCGAACUCGUCAGUAGACCAGCUUUUUGACGCCAUCAUGAAUGGAGAUGUGUCAGACGCCGAUCUUUCUGACGAUGAAGUCGCCGAUGUACAGGCAGCUCAAGCGGUAACUGCAUCGAAUGAGGAGCAUGACCCUAAAAUGCAUCCUGCAGACGACGAGGGUGAUCUCAGUGACAGUGAUGAGAUGCCUGCGAAAAAAGUGAAGCAUGUCAAGUGGCUCUCCAAACCUUUCGAUCCAGUGGACACGCGCUGCACCUACCACCCGCUUGGCGGAUCAACGCCAGAAGAACCGCUAAAGUAUUUCAUGAAGUAUUUCACCGAUGAAGUGUUCGAGGACUUCACGAAGUACACAAAUAUUUAUGCCUUGCAGAACACAGGAAACGAACUUUCGUGCUCCGUGCAAGAGAUGAAAGUGUUUUUUGGAAUUCUCAUUUACAUGGGUGUCCUGAAAUUCCCACGUGUCCGCAUGUAUUGGCAAAGCGGUACCCGAAUUUCUGCAAUUGCAGAUGCAAUGGCGGUAAACAGAUUUUUUAAAUUGCGAAGCGCAUUGCACAUAACUGACCAGAAUGAGCCAAGGGAUGCAUCCAGUGUGGACAAGUUCUGGAAGGUGAGGCCGCUCCUCGAUGUCAUUAGGUCCCGGUGCCUUCAGCUUGAAGAGCUUGAACAUAACUGCAUUGAUGAGCAGAUGGUGGCAUUUACAGGAAGGGUCCCAGCAAAACAGGUGGUGAAAAGUAAGCCAAACCCUGUUGGUGUGAAGAUCUUUGUGCGAUGCAGCACCGAUGGUCUGGCGCAUGAUUUUGAACUCUAUCAGGGCAAAGGCACAGGAGUAGGCCGGGAGUUCUCCUACCUUGGUCUAGGGGGCUGUGUGGUAAUGAGACUUGUGGAGUCAUUCCCAUAG